AGGCCUGCCCGGUGUGUGUGCCCUGUGUUCGAGUUCCUCGGUUACCCUUUCCGAGAGGCUAUGGUGGACUGAAAGGCCUCACACAGCCAUGGAAAAGACAUAAAUUAAAGUAUCAGUGCAAUAACAAGAUAACAAGUGAAAGAUUAAGAAGAUACGAACGAAAAAGAAAAUUAUGAGCUCAAAAAACUUACAGCUAUGAAAAGGCAGAGAAAGAGAAAGGGGUGAUUUGAUUAGGAAAAAGGCUUAAGAAAACAAAAGGAAAAAGAAAGCAGUGACAAAUCACAAAGAAAAUGAUAAUGACAGAUGAGGAGAGCAUGAAAUAAGUCUCGUGCUCUUGUAUAUAUGAAGAGAAAAUGAAGGAGGAGAAAGAUUCUGCAUUUCCGUUUCGUCGGAAGAGCACAAACAGACUUUCUCUUCACCUUGAUAAAAAAAAGGAAAAAAAGGAAGAUGGACAGGUUAAGCGUGCCUCCUGGUCUUCUUUUCCACUUCUCCGGUUUUCCUCCUCGUCCUCUACUUCCUCGUCCUCCUCUUCUUCUCCCAUGACCCAAGAUAAAAGGGGUCUCGGAAGGAAAUGCAACAGUUCGGAGGAAAUCAAACAUUUGUCGAACAAGAAUUCCCCUCCUAAGGUUAACUUCCAGCGGGGCUCCAACGCCAGCAUUCGCAGUUCGGUGUCGACGUCUUCAGCGUCCUCCUCAUCAUCAGGUGUCCGGACGGGCGGCUCAAGCUCCAUCACUAGUAUCCUCGAAGGGUCGGGUUCGGAUACGUUCUCCUGUGACUCCUACGGUGGAAAUGCGGGCGAGUUCCAUCCUUACCCGGUCAACAGGACGGCCAGUGAGGUCAUUCACCCAAAGCGGCACGAGAGCAGUUUCGGACAUGUCAUGAGGGAGGGUCGGGACGAGUGUGUUUCUUUGCCGUCGCUGGGGCAGGGCGGUGAGAAAGGCAACAGCGCCACCUCCCCAAGAAUACUUUAUGCGCAUCGCAAGACUCCGGAUGUGCAACACAGGUCCCGCAAGCAAUUGGAAAAGGAACUUGAAGUUGUGAGGAGGACUGGGUCUCUCCCUGGAGGUCUGGAGGCUCACGCUGUAAAAUCCUUCGACGCGAGAGGUAAUACGUCCACUCCAGCGGCGGAGAAAACGAAACCAAAGCACAAGAAAAGUUUCAGUUUCAUCCAUAAUUCAAAGUUUCUGGGUCGCCUGGAAGCCCGGACGAAAAAGGAAGGGAAGCCCCCGUCCGAGACUGAGACCGACACUGAUUACAGGAGCGGCGUAGGCCAAGGCGAUAAGCAGACAACCACAUCCUCUCCCCAGCUUUCAGUAUCCCUUCACCACCAAGAGUCUCCACCAGCACACCUCCGUCUACACCAGCAUCACAGCGCCCCAAGCCGAGUGUGUCCACCUUCUCCAUCCCCACCUCCUCCUCCACGGCGAGGAGAAUCAUCAAACUCAUCACCAUCCAAUCACGGCCACCAGAAGCCCCAAUCUGUUGGCUCACCACACACCUCAUCACCAUCGAAAUACACCCCUUUACCACCGCAAUAUAUCCACCAGCCCUCAUCACCAAAGGCUCUCCACCGUUCCCCAGGACAAUCCUCGCUAUCUCCACCGCAGAAUAAGUACGCCUACCACCACAACCCGCCAACAGCAGCCAUACCAACACCAAAACCACCACCGCCAUCGUUCCUUCAACACCCAGAAGGACUAGCUUCAUCUCCCCCACAGUACUCCCUCGCCGCCUUCCUCAAUUAUGCAUUCGGCGGCGGUGAACGCGGGUUGAUAAGUCAAAAAGUGAGCACGCCAACCUCACCCCAGCCACCACUACUAAUAACAAAAGAACCAGAACGCCAAGAAAGCAGCCAAUUCUUAGAGACGGUCAACCCAAGAUACCUAGAAACCAGUUUCGAUUCGCCUUUAGAUUUUGUCACCGAGAGAAACUACGCAAAUCUACUCCCUGAAAUACGCGAUAUACGCCACCAGAUUCUGUUUAAAGGCAAGGAUCCUUGUAUACCUCUGUCUCGGGGUGAAUACGGGGAAUUGGAGCUGAAGCAGAGUUUUCUUGGGGUAAUUGGAGACACCAUCGAGGAGGAGGAGGAGGAGGGAGCCGAGAGUGAGUGUGAGAUCGGGGAACUUUUAUGCCAGGUGGACAGCACGUGCUUUGAGAGGAGUAUGGAGGAUAAGCUGGAGGAGAUGGCCGGGCGGGUGGAGGAGGAUGGAGAUGCAGAAGAGAUUGCAGCAGCCGGGGAGACCGUGAAGGAGGGGAGAGAGAAGGGAAAGGCAAGCAAAAGACCGGACCUGAAGCUCAAGAUGAUCAAGCCAGAGAACGAAAUGGUGAAAAGGGUCCAGAGGAGUCGGCUGCUGCGGCACAUCUCCGAGGAACCCGAGGCGGUGAACAGCGGAGGGGAGGAGGAGAUGGAGGUGGAGCUGAGGACCCCGAGCACGCCCAGGAGCCCGGCCAUCGACAUCGACAACGUCUUCCAACAAAAACAGCGCGAGAUCGCCGAGGACACGGACGAGAUGUCACGCCUGCGAGACCUGGCCACGCGCCUACAACUCACAACGCGACGCCCCUCUUACCUGGACUGGGCGGCUGUGUUGAAGGAGCGUGGGCGGCGCGUGGGCGAAGCGCUGGCUGCCCACACGCCCACAGUGGUAGAAACAAGCGGGGCGGAACAGGAAGGCGGGCAGGAGGUGGCGGAAGAGCAGCUGGGGGAAGAGGAAGAGGAAUUGAGUAUGGAUAGAAGGAAACAUAACCUCCAAACAGCCGUGGAUUGGGUCAAGAAAGAGUUGACGGAGAUGAGGCAGCAAGACCAGCAGCUGGCCAGACAACUGAUGCAGCUACGAGUCGAGGUGCAGCGGUUGCGGCUACUGAACUCAUGUCUGGCCACGUCCUGCCUGCUGGAGGAGGUGGCCAGCGGCGCCGAGGAGGCCAAGAUGAUGGAGGCGUCUGACUUGUUUGACCUCCCCCCUGACCUGCGGGAGACCUUUUCGCCUGUGCUGAGGGAGAUGGGACUCACGCGCAUGAACAUCACCAGUCGCCGCUUCUCCCUGCGAUGAGGCGAGAGGUAGCAGGGUAGACGAGGAGCAAGACGAGAAAUUAGGAAGUUCUCACGCGGGAGGCGGAGGAAGCAGAGGCGCGAGACACCAAGAAAAUAUUUGCAAGAGUGAGCUGAGCCAUAGCGCAAAACAGUCUGUGUAGAGGAGUGAUGAAAGGCAGAGAAGGAAGAAGAAAGAGGUUGAAAAUAAUGAUGAAGUGAAGGUUAAAAAGGAUACAACGAAAAAAGAUGAAAAAGAAACAAGAAGGGAAAUAUGUGCGUCGAAUUUAAAAGAGGCAAAUGGAAAGAGACCAAUACAGAAAAAUAUGGAAAAACAAGACAGAGAAAAAUGGGAAGAUGCUAAGAGAAAGAAAGAAAAGUCAGGAAAGAAUCAACAGGAAGAAUAUUGAUGUAUAGCCUACAGGAGAGUGAAGUGAAACAAGGAAGGUAGAAAGAAAGUAGCUGGAAGGAAAAGCGUGAUAACGUGGCUUAAAAAAACAAACAAAGAAAAUAUAAGGAAUGAGAAGUAUUUAAAUAUAACUCAGGGUAGUGGGAAAAUAAAAGCCUUGUGUAUUGUGUCAAGUAUUGUGAAUAAGUGAUCAACAAACAGAAAUUAUGAAGUUAAAAGACGGGGUGAGAAAAUGAAAAUAAAGAAAAAAAAAGAAAACGGACGUAUAUUUGUUGAAUCGUAUCUUAAAACAAAACCACGCGAGUACAUGAAAAGAGACUGGCGAUAAGAGACAUACGAUAAGAGAUUAAAAGCAACCGAUGAGAACGAGGAAAA